UAGCUUUCCUCACGUCAUUUUCUCGCCUUUAUAUCACGUUGUUGGGCCCCAUGCAUGCGCCACGCCAUCCUCAGGCUUUAGUUUACGGAAGCCCUUAUAAGCUUUGUGUGUGUCUCCCUCCGCAAACCAUUUGCUAGCCACUUUCUCUCGAACGAACAAAGCAGGCGGCGCGGCUGGUCUGGUCGCCGUGUCUGUCUGGGGGUGCACCAUCAUCGGCGGUUCGAUCGACCGGUCCGUCUCUUCGUCCAGCCACAAGAACCAGGGAGCUUCCUCUCUGACAGGGCGCCUCUCCUCGAGAGUCGAGAAGAACCACACUCUCUCGGUCUCGGUGCUCGGUAGAUGCGCAUGCGCAAUGCGAGCGGCAGCAGCUGGUGUUCCCGCGUGGCGGUGCUGCAGCAAGUGCUUGGCGCGCAGGCUUCUCCUCAUGGCUUCGGCGUCGGCGCCGGCGCCCUGCACCUGCAGCGGCUCGGUGCCGCUACCGCCCCGGCCGGCGUGGAGUCUGCAGAUGACGCAGUGAUGCCGCCGGCGCCGCCGCCGCUCCUCUUCCGCGCCCUCGCGUCGCUCAACCUCCUCCUGCUCGUCGGCUACCUCCUGCUCGUCCUCCUCGCCAAGCUCUUCGCCCGCCUGCACCACCGCAGGGCCGCCGCCGAGGACCGGGCAAGUAGUGGUUGGUAUGAUGGCCGCCGCUGCGACCACCGCCGCCGCCGCGCGGAAGCCACGGCCACCGAUGACGAAGAGUACGCCGCCGCGGAUACCGUCGAAGGGCAGCAACCGGACGCGCUGUUCUGGUUCGACGAGGCCGUGUUCGAGGACAGCGCUGCCCUGCUGAUGCUUGGCGACGAAGGAAAGGAUCACCACCUGUACGCUGCCGCUUCUACACGUUGCUUGCAGCAGGUGGAGAGCACGAGCACCUUUCCCGCGGAGGAAUCUGCCCGCAUCUCGCCGCGCACCGAGAGCCCCAGCCCCAGCAGCAUCGAUGCGGAGCGUAUGCAGCGAGCGCAGGAAGAGGAAGAGGCCAAGGGCAUCGUCGCCGUCCAGCAUGCCCCGACGACGACGGUCGUCCUGGAACCGGAACAGCGGAGUGCCCCUGCUGCUCCGGUCGUCGUCGCCGUACCACCGGAGCAUGUCUCCAUCGAAUUAGGGAACAAGCAGCAGGAAAGCGACGGAGGAGAAGACGGCCGUCGCGACGCCGACGCCGACCGUGCCGAGCACGAAGAGGAGGCUGCGCCCCCGCCGCAGGGGGGGAGGUUUCCUCAAGGCUGCCAUGACGUCAGGCUGUUCGUCAACAGCCGCGCGCUCGCCGACACCAGGAAGCUCCUGCUGGAAGGCGUGGUGGCCGGAGGAGGAGCGCACGGGCGGCUGCAGGACGAGAGCGGCAAGGACAGGAACGGCGGGGACAGCAGCCGCUUCGGCGCGUCGUCGACGCUGACGAGCGAGUCCACGUCCAAGAGCUCGGUGGAGUGGCAGAGCUCGACGCUGACCAAGGACUCGGAGACGGAGUACCCCUUCUCGUCCUCGUCGCGCCGGAGCUCGGCGCGCUGGGAGUCGUACACGCUGUUCCGCAAGUACGACGAGGACAUGGUCUACUUCCACCGCGUCGGCGCCCAGAAGCUCACCGAAACAGAGUCGUUCCGGUCCAUCAAGUACCAGCCGCGGUCGAUGUCGGAGCGGAUCGUGCACAGGCUGACGACGCCCAAGCCGCCGACGCCGAGCGCCGCUAUCGGGCUGCGGGACCCGUACCCGGAGCUGGAGCGCGCGUACGUGGCGCAGGUGUGCCUGACGUGGGAGGCCCUGAACUGGAGCUACACCAGCUUCCGGCGGCGCAACGGCGGCGACGGCAACCUGGCGGCGCGGUGCUGCCCGGCGCGCGUGGCGCAGGAGUUCCAGCAGUUCCAGGUGCUGCUGCACCGCUUCGUCGAGAGCGAGCCGUACGAGUGCGGCCGGCGGCCGGAGGUGUACGCGCGGAUGAAGAACUCCACGCCCAAGCUGCUCCUCGUGCCGGAGUUCAGAGACGAGGAUGACGAGAAGGACGAUCUGAUAUCGGCGGUCCAGUUCCUGCUCAUACUGGAGGAGUCCAUCAGGACGUUCAUGGCGUUCCUCCGCGCCGACAAGAGGAGCCGGUACGAGAUGUUCAGGGAGAUGGUGAAGAAGAGGAGGGCGAGCGCCGCCGUGGACCAGACGCUGGUCGUCACGCUCAAGAAGGCCAACAAGAAAAAACUAUGCGUUCCGUGUAUGAUGGAUGGGAUGUGGUGGCCGGCCGGCGACUGUUCAGAAGAAGAGGCGGCUCAAGGACCUGACGCGGCCGCGGCGGUGCCUGAGGAGGACGAGGCUGAGGGAGGAGGAGGAGCUGUCCGUCCUGCUGGGCCUCAUCGACCUCAAGGUGGUGGCGCGGGUGCUGCGCGCGCCGGAGGUCACCGACCGGCAGCUGCACUGGUGCGAGGAGAAGAUGAACAGGGUCCGGGUCGAUCCGGAGGGCAAGAUGCAGAGGGACCCUGCCCCUCUCUUCUACCCUGCACACUGACAGGGACCUGCUGGCUCCUGUUGCUGCUGCUGCUGGUGCUGGACAACAGUCUUGUGUGAUACUGAUCUUCUAGUACGUAGCUCUUUUGUUUUCUUUUUCUUUUCUUUUCUACUUUCUUUCUUCGCAUGUUCUUUUGUCCAAGAUAUGUGUAGUGGGAGAAGAGAACCAAAGGCAAAGUUGCAUUUGCAUAUAUAGACAUGAGAAUGUGCAUGGCACUUAGCCUCUCGUCUAGUAGAUCAGAGAUGAUGUUACUGUAAAAAGGCACAUACAUGCAUAUAUAUCUUUAUUAAGUAGUAAUCAAUAAAUAAACAAGAUAUCCA